AUGGAUUCUUCCAAAGAUCUAUCCUUUCCUCCGGCAAGCGAAGUACCUCUUCAUCGCAUUGCGCCUCUCGCUCCUACACAAGAACUCGCGUAUCGCAAGAAAUGCAUUCAACUAAAACGACGGCUCGCCGAAAUCGAGGCCAACAACGACGCGACCCGCAAAAGGAUAAUCCAAGAGACUGAACACGUCCAGAAAAUGCGAAUCCUACGCGCCAUCCUUCUGAACCACCUCAAUGAGAUCAUGAGUGCUCCAGCUAAGAAAUUGACGCCAGAGCAACUUGAGAAGAUCGGUGUACUGGCCAACGGGAGCGGCAACGUGGCUGAGUUAGCUGGCAGCGGCAUAUCCAAGGACCUAAUACCGACAAGACCUCAAGGAGAAGGUCUGCUGGACGACAGCUCCGAAGAAAGUGAAGAGGACGAACCUGAACCUCUAGAGCGACCAGAACGAAGAAGAAGGGCGAACAACACCUACCGCGAAACGAUCAUGAACACCAACACCCCCAGCGAAUCUCUGUCAACCAUGUAUCAACAGACUGCUCUUCCAAAUCUGGCCCCUGCAACUUCAUUCUCAGUUGCACCCCACGACCCUGCGAUGCUGACGUCUUCUUUCCGUGUCUCCUCUACCACCCCACAAGCUGUCGGAUCCCAAGGCGCUCAGCAUCAACAUGGAGGAGACUCACGCUAUGCACAAUCUUCCCCCAUUGCGGUUAAUCAGCACUUGGGCAUGCCAUAUCAGGGACCCAAUCAAACCCGAGCAACUAGUAUCUCCUCCAACAAUGUUGAUGCUAAUGGCCUCGGACGUUCUCCAGCCGUAAACAUGAGGCCGGAACGACCGGAACCUCCUUAUGUUCAAUUCACGAUGCAUAUGAGACCCCAACUCGAAGCAGAUAACUACCCUCCUGAGCAAAUCCCCGGCCGCAUUCAGUCAGAGUGGGACGGAUUGAGUGCCGAAAAUAGAAAACUGUGGGACGACAGAUAUCAGGAUCAAAUGCGAGAAUACACAGCGGCAAUGGAUGCUUACAAGAGAGCCACGAGGCGUGAAGGAUCAGGCGGUGGUUUUGCAUCCAUCAACUCAUAG